ACGUUCCUCGUCCAUUCCGAACCACACAAAAAGAACUUCACCUUCAUAAAAAUCGCAACUCUCUUACUUCCCCUGUUGAUUUUCCUUCAAUUCGCAAACAACGAUUCAACAAAUGGCCGCUGUCACCUCCUCUGCCGUUGCUAUCCCAUCUUUCACUGGCCUCAAGGCCGGUGCAACCCCUGCCAAAGUCAGCUCCAACGUUAAGGUUGCAGCCACUCCAUCCUCCAAAUUCAGCGUCAAGGCCUCACUCAAGGACGUUGGAGUUGCAGUCGCAGCCACUGCCGCCAGCGCAAUCCUCGCCAGCAAUGCUAUGGCCGUCGAAGUCUUGCUCGGUGGCGAUGAUGGGUCACUGGCUUUUGUUCCCAACAGCUUCUCCGUGGCUUCCGGGGAGAAAAUUGUGUUCAAAAACAAUGCCGGGUUCCCGCACAAUGUGGUUUUCGAUGAAGACGAGAUCCCAGGCGGCGUCGAUGCCUCCAAAAUCUCUAUGCCCGAAGAGGACCUCCUCAAUGCUCCAGGGGAGACUUAUGCUGUUACCUUGACCGCGAAAGGAACAUACACUUUCUACUGUUCCCCUCACCAGGGAGCUGGUAUGGUUGGAAAAGUGACUGUCAAUUAAGUUCACUUUGUGUAUUGAGUUCAUCUCAUGUUUCUAUUUCUUCAGCAUCUCAAAAUCUUCUAUCUUUUUUGGGUGUUAAUUAGUUGAGUCUAUUAAGUACUGAGGAUGAGACUGUAUAAGAUGAAUCAAACCAAUGUGAUGCUUUUGUAUUUUUCAUUUGCGUAGAAUUUGUUGUGAUCUCUAUGCCCAUUCAUAAAUUUUCCUUGAAAUA